CACACGCCCACAUAUAUAUAAGCUGUAAGCAUACUUCCAUAAUCUUAAAACAAUCAGAAUCAACACUACAAGUCUACACCACCAAAAAUCACACAAACUAAAAUGGAUGCAUCAGGAAAUUGGCAAUUACUAAAUCCAGAACAAGAGAUGAAUAUCAUGGUAUCAGCUUUACAGCACGUGAUUUCCGGAGGUAGCAACAACCAACGACCACCUGAUGAUGGGUCCCAUUUAGUUACACAAACACUUCAACAUAAUCAAGUUUCAACCACGUGGUCUCCUCCAUCAUUUGCCACGUCAGAAAGCCCGCCAACAAAUUCACAAAUUGAAAGUUCAAAUUCUAGUAACAACGUUGGAAAACAGAGGAAAAGGUACAGCAGAAAUAAGUACAGAGGAGUACGGCAAAGACCAUGGGGAAAAUGGGCUUCCGAGAUUAGGGACCCACAUAGGGCAGCUCGCGUUUGGCUCGGAACAUUCGAAACCGCCGAAGAUGCCGCCAGAGAGUAUGAUCGUGCCGCCGUUCGAUUUCGGGGCCCACGCGCUAAGCUUAAUUUCUGCUUAUCUGAUUAUCUUCCACAGCUUGAAGAGUACAACAAUUUUCAUAAUCAUUAUCGUAAUAAGCAGCAAACCAUCAAUCAGACUAAUAAUAAUAAUAAUAAUAAUAAUAAUAAUAAUGUUAUUGGUACUAAUCAAGUACCAGAGACAAGUGAUUUUGUGCAAAUCACUGAUAGUGAGGAACUUGAACAUUGGGUGAAUGGCUUAAUUGAUGAUAUCCCGUCAUGGGACAUACCAUACGGGAUAUCUCGAUUUUGAAUUUUACAUUGUUGUUCUUUGGAAGUUGUAACUUAAGAACAUGUUGCAAUUACAAAAAAAUCGAGGAAGUAAGUUAGUACGAAUGUACAAUAGUCGAUAAUUAUGGACUUAUGGUAGUUUUAAAAGGAGCAAAUGAAAGAUUGUCUUCUUUUUUUUCACUUUUAGGGAGAUGAUCUGUUUUUUUUAUGUACCCAGAUCAUAGCUAGUUUUUUUUUUUUUUUUUUUUUAAUUUGAUCAAGAACUUGUUGAAUAUAGUUAGACUUGCUUGUACACUCUUGUAUAUUGCUGCUCUAUACUACUCCAUAAGUGAGUGCUUGAGUUUAAUAUUUGUAAGAAAAUAAUACUAGUUGUCUAA